UAUUCAAUAUACAAAAUUCUAUCUAUUUUUGUUUAGGAAUAUAAUUGUUCGACCACAAUGGUUACGUCGUAUACCCGGUCCUCCAUCUCAUUUUCGUGCUCAAUAUCGUUUUCAUACUUCAAAUGAUACGACAACAUCUGUUGACAAUUAUACACCUCUAUUACUUUUUAUUAAUAAACGUUCUGGUGGUCAAAGUGGUGAAAAAAUCUAUCGAAAAUUAUUACAUCUUCUUAAUCCACGUCAAGUAUUUCUUCUUGAAAAUGAUGCAACUAUACUUCAUGCAUUAGAAAUCUAUUCUUCAUUAUCAAAUAUUCGUAUAUGUGUAUUCGGUGGUGAUGGUACAGUUGGAUGGGUUCUUAGUUGUUUAGCUGAAUUAUAUCCAUCAUUAAAUAAUCCACCUGUUAGUAUUUGUCCAUUAGGUACAGGUAAUGAUUUAUCUCGUGUUUUAUUAUGGGGUGAACAAUAUGAUUCGAAACGUUUAUUAUCAAUUUUAACACAAAUACCUCAAUCACAAUCAACAGCACUUGAUCGAUGGCAAGUUACAAUUGAACAAGUUAAUAAUAUAAAAGAAGAAAAUUUACCAACAAAUCGUUUACCUUUAUCAUUUAUAAAUCAUCCAAAAUUUGUACGUGAUACAAAUCGUGCAUCAUAUCAAAAUAAUCGUGCAUUACCCAAUACACGUUUUAUAAAUUAUAUGAGUUUUGGUUUAGAUGCAGCUAUAGCAUUAGAAUUUCAUGAUAGACGUAAACGUGAUCCAAGAAAAUUUUCAUCACCAUUAAAAAAUAAAUUAAUGUAUUUAAAUGAAAGUCGAAAAUAUUUAAAUGAUUUUGCUCGUUCAAAAAUGUGGAAUUUAGGUUCGUAUAUACGUUUAUUAUGUGAUGGAGAAGAUUUAACUGAAUCAAUACGAAAUUGUCAUACAUUACUUGUAUUAAAUAUUCCAUGUUAUGCAUCUGGUACGAAUCCAUGGGGUAAAUCAUCGAAUAAUAAUACUUCAACAUCAUCACAAACAAUAAUUAUUCAAAAAGAUUGUGAUUCAUUUCAAGAAAUAUCAACAAGUUCAAUUGAAAUUAUUGAUUUACCAGCAAAUACACAUGAAGUUUAUGAACUUGUUACAUUAAAUGAUUGUCCAAAUGAUCAAAUAAAUAUACCAUCCAUAACAACAAUUACAACUCCGAUUGGUCGAUUUGAUCGACAAGAUUUUGGUGAUAAAAAAAUUGAAGUUGUCGGUUUAAGUACAACACAUAUGGCAACAAUACAUAUGGGUUUUCGAGGCAUACGUAUUGCACAAUGUAGUAAUUUACGUAUUGAAAUAUGUUGUCCAAUGACAGCACAAAUGGAUGGUGAACCAUUUUAUUUACCAGAAUCUGUUGCUGUUAAUGUUACACAUGCUGGUCAAGUGUUAGUUUUAAGAAAUGAAAACAGAUAA